ACGGAUCGUUUUGGGAACGCCAUCUUGGCCCCUUGAUCGCGGAUGGAGGACAGGGGACUGGAUUGCGACAAGGCAGACAGAGAGAGGGAGCAAGGGACCAAGUCCUCAGGUGCUGACCUUUCGAAGGGAGACCGCUCACCAUGGAGAGGUGAUGUUCCGACAGCCACGCAUGCUGUUGACGAAGAUGGGCCGACGAUGAACCGUUGCCGCACGUCGAAUGAGGACGUCGCGGACGAUGCUUUUGACGCUCCUCAGAGCGAAGCAGGCACCAACGUCUCUCGGCUGCCACCGACAGUGCAGCAGUCCGUCGGAGAUGCCAUUGUCCUGCCACGGAGGAGAUUGAGGCGCCUUGGGGAAGAUGACGAGACGUUCCUGGCAGGAUCGGCGAACAGGGCUGCAGAGCACGACAGUUGUUUUCUCCGGGACCGCGUUUCGCAGCCAGGCGCGGCGGCGUCGAAUCCAGAGCGCCAAAGGCAAUCACGUAACGGAGCCAGCCUCUCACGCGCAGAUAGCUCGGCGGAAGCCGCUGACGACGAGUCGUUCACACGGCUGAUCGAUGCAGAGCUGGAGGCCCUGAGCGUUUCGGUCGCAAAGCUGCGGAGGAUCGCGGAAGCGAUGGGCCGUGAAAUCGAGGCCCAGAGCAGAGCGCUAGCCGGGAUGCGAGCGGAGGUCGCGGACGAUCAGCAGGCUGUCGGUAAGGCUGCCGUUGUCGCUGCCAUCGCCGCUGCCGCGGACAGGCCGGUCGGUGCUGUGCGGACAAGAUCGGAGGUGAAUGCUCUGUAG